UGCAGGACCAGUACAGAACCAGUAUAAAAGCCAGUGCAGAUCCUUGAUCUCCCAUCCACUUCCUUCUUCUUAUCCUCGGUAACCAGGUGCACCACCAGCCCCACAAGAUGUCCUGCUACAACCAGUGCCGGCCAUGCCUGCCCUGCCAGCCCUGCUGUGGCCCAACCCCGCUGGCCAACAGCUGCAACGAGCCCUGUGUCAGGCAGUGCCAGAACUCCACUGUCAUUAUUGAGCCCUCCCCCGUGGUGGUGACCCUGCCUGGACCCAUCCUCAGCUCCUUCCCACAGACCCCCGUUGUGGGCUCCCCCCCCUCUGCUGCCGUUGGCAGCAUCCUCAGCUGUAACGGAGUCCCCAUCAACUCCGGGUGCUGUGACCUCUCCUGUAUCACCAACCGCUACUGCGGCAGAACAUGCUAA